AAGAAAGAUCAAACAACACGCAGAUACCCGGAUCAGAACCCCACAGCCUUCAGCACCUGUUAUCUCACACACACACACACACACACCUGUAAUCCUGUGACUGUCAGCCCCAGGUCAUCAACAGCGUGUUUUUGCUGUUUCUGAAGAGUCAGAGCUCAAUAAACGCUCCCACCAUGGCAGUGAAGGCUCAGGUACUGUAUGACUUCACUGCUGAACCAGGGAACAAUGAACUGAGUGUUCAGGAGGGAGAAAUGCUCACCGUCAUGAAUCAGGCUGUAGGUGGAGGCUGGGUAGAAGCUCAGAACUCUAAAGGACAGACGGGUUUGGUACCUGAAGAUUAUAUACAGCAAAUAAAUAAUAGUGAAGCCUCGGGAACGCAACAGCCAGCACAAGCCUAUCAGGGUUCCAUAGAUUACUAUGAUGAUGAUGGUGAAUGGGACGAGGAGUCGGAUGAUAGUAAAUCACCCAGCGGCUACAGCUGGUCACAGAGUGAUGGAGGAGGCGGGGCAGUGCAGCAAGGUGCUGCUGCCCAUCAUCCCAGGAAGAUUUCUCUUAAUAAAUUUCCAGGCUUAUCAAAGACACCAAAUCCUGAGGUGUACUUGCUAAAAAACUAUAUGUGUGCAGAAAAUGACAGACUGCCAAUAUACAUGGGAGAGGUGGGUCCGGUUUGGCUGUAUCCUCAAACUCAGCUAGACUGUGUGGUGGCUCAUCCGAAGAAAGGAACAAAAAUGUACGGCUUGAAGAGUUAUAUCGAAUAUCAGAUCGCACCUAAUACUACACACAAAUCUGUCAAUCACAGAUACAAACACUUUGAUUGGCUGUAUGAGAGACUACUGGAAAAGUUUGGCUGUGCCAUCCCUAUCCCAUCUCUCCCAGAUAAACAAGUUACAGGUCGGUUUGAAGAUGAGUUUAUUAAAAUGCGAAUGGAGCGCCUGCAGGGCUGGAUGUCCCGUAUGUGCAGACACCCUGUCGUCUCAAACAGUGAAGUUUUUCAACUGUUCCUCACUUACAAAGACGAGAAGGACUGGAAAGAAGGCAAACGCAAAGCAGAGAAAGAUGAGCGCGUGGGAGUGAUGGUCUUCUCCACGAUGGAUCCUGAAAUGCGAGAACUAGAUCCUACAGAAGUAGAGAAGAAGUGUGAAACAUUCAGCCAUUUCAGCAGAUCCAUGGAUGAUGGGGUUAAAGAUCUUCUUGCUGUGGGCCAUCUUCACUGGAAGAGAUGUGCAGGACCAUUACAGAAAGAAUAUCAGAGAAUUGGAAAAGCAUUUCAGAGCCUGUCCUCAGUUUUCAACACCAGCGCAUACCAGGGGGAGGCAACUCUUACUGAUGCUCUAACUGCAACAGGAAAGACAUAUGAGGAAAUAGCAGAGAUAGUGGCUGGACAGCCCAAAAAAGACCUGCAUUUCCUGCUGGAAACAAACAAUGAAUACAAAGGACUACUUGGCUGUUUCCCAGACCUGAUUGGAGUCCACAGGGCUGCUAUUGAGAAGGUUAAGGAAGCAGACCGUCUCGUGGCCAUGAAUAAGAUUGGACCCCAAGACAAGCAGACUAUGCAGAAGAAUCUGAGUACAAUGUCGUACGCAUUGCAAGCGGAGAUGAACCACUUCCAUAGCAACCGUAUCUAUGACUACAACAGAGUCAUGCAGCUCUAUCUGCAGGAGCAGGUGCAGUUCUACGAGACCGUAAGUAAAGUUGAAGAUAAACUUCAGAAGGCACUUCAACAUUUUAAGUCGGAUCAGUGCAUUUUUUUGCGUGCAAUAAAGGAAUUAUGCAACUGAGGAAUAUUUGGGCACUGCUUUCUGACAACUUCUCAAACCUAAAUCAGCUUGUUAGAGCUUUGCUUUUUGGUCAUCUACGGCCAAUGUAAAGAAUGUAAUUUGGAACAUAAUAGAUCAUUAAAGUCAUGUACAUUUAAUUAAACUGGGUUGAGUUCCAAAUACAGCAGGUUUAAGUAAAAAUCUCCCCAGGUUUCAAAGAGAGUCCCUAAAAAUAUGCACCUAAAUUACAAAGAAUCUCAGUCUAUUUAGUUUAUAUUUUAUAUUUUUAAGUUAAUUGUUGCACACUCCACACAAACAUUUUUCAUUUAGAUUAAAUUAACUUCAGUUUAUAAGAGAAUGUGUUCACUGGUAAGUCGGAGGUGACCAUGACCCAAAGGAUUUGGCCCAUGGUGACCAUGACCCACAGAGGUCGGUCCAUGGUGAUGAUGGCCCUUAGGAGUCAGCCCGUGGUGAUCAUGAGCUCUGGACAAUUGGCCUGUGGUGAUCAUGGCCCACGGGAGUCGGCCCGUGGUGAUCAAAACCCACAACAGUAGGCCUGUGGUGAUCAUGACCCAAGGACAGACGGAUUUCGGCACAACCUCUUCUUUUUCUUCUUCUAUUGUUUAUUGAGUGAUGAUAGCCAAACCUAACUUCCUGUAAUUGGUCUGAAUAAAGUCAAAACCGUCCAAUUAAGUGUUUCACACUAUAAACCAACCGGACCACAGAUCAGCUGAUCCGGACGGAGACCAACUCUGUUAAUCGGCAGCACUACAGGAUUAAUGCUGUAUUAAUAUUGGUUAUGUGAAUUGAGCAAAGGAUGUGAAGUGACUGAUGGUUUUAUGUCUGAUUAGAUUGCAGGGAAGCUGAAGCAUGCCCUCAGUCAGUACACAACUCUGUGAGGACAUCCCCACCACCACCUCCUCAAGCAAGCCACACCCACAGCCCUCUCCACCAAUCAGAUCAGCUCACUGUACCUUUUGCUGCAAAUAAGUAUAUAGUGACUGAUAUACAGCUCUGGAAAACAUUAAGAGACCACUUCAAAAUGAUCAGUUUCUGAGUUUAUUAUUUAUUUAUUAUUAUGUAAACAUUUGAGUAAAAUUAACAUAAUAAUAUAAUUUUAAGGAUAGGUUCAUUUUAACAGUGAGAGAGCAAAUAUAAAAUCCAGAAAAUCAUAUAGUAUAUAUUCUAUAAAUUUAUUUGCAUUUUGCAGAGAGAAAAAACCCUUGAUGGCAGGCACAGCAGUCAGACGUUUUUUUAAAGUUGAUGUUGUAUGUUUUGGGUCAUUGUUGGCUGGAAGACCCAGCCACAGCUCAUUUUUAAUGAGGAAAGGAGGUUGUCACUCAGGAGUUUAUGAUGUCUCCAUCCAUUUUAGGAUGUCUCCAUCCAUUCUCACAUUGAUGCGGUGAAGUAAUCCUGUGCCCUUAGCAGAGAAACACCCGCAAUACAUAAUGUUCCCUCCUCCAUGCUUGACAGAGGGGACUGUGUUCUUUGGGUCAUAUUCAGCAUUUUCUCAAUUUUUGUCUCAUCUGACAACAGCACCUUCUCUUAGUCACUCUCAGAAUCAUCCAGGUGUUCAUUGGCAAACUUCAGGUGGGCCUGCACAUGUGCCUUCUUGAGCAGGGGGACUUUGCAAGCACUGCAGUGUUUUAAUCCAUUACAGUGUAAUGUGUUACAAAUGGUUUUCUUGGUAACUGUGGUUCCAGCUGCCUUGAGAUCAUUAAUAAGUAAGAUUUUGUAUGGAGCCCCAGAUUGAUGUUGAUUGACAGUCAUUUUGUAAAACAGUUGUCUCCUUCUUACCCAGCGUUAAGUAUGGUUUUGUAGCCCAUUCCAGCCUUGUGCAGGUCUAUGAUCUUUUCGCUGACAUCCUUAGAAAGCUCUUUGAUCUUGCCAAUGUUGUAGAGGUUAGAGUCUGACUGAUUCAUUGAGUCUUUUAUAUAGGUUACAAUUUAAGUCAGCUGUCUUUAAUGUAGGGAACAAGUUGAUUAUGAGCGUCUAACUGUAGAAGCCAGAACUCUUAAUGGUUGGUAUGGGACAAAAAUCUCUCUCUGCAAAAUGCAAAUAAAUGUAUAUAAUUUAUAAAAUGUGUUUUUGGGGUUUUAUUUUUUAUGUUGUGUCUCUCACUGUUUAAAUGAACUUACUCUUAAAAUUAUAGACUGUUCAUGUCUUUCUCAGUGCACAGAACUUUAAAAAUCAGCAAGGGACCAAAUAAUUAUUUCCUUCACUGUACCAACUGGGGUUAUUCUACCAAAUAUUGAACUCUAAAACGUUAGUAUUGUUGUUUCUAAAUGAAUAGUUAUUUAAUUAUGUAUGCAUUAUUUGCACUCAUUUUGAAAGCUAAUUUGACCACUUUUUGCAAAUAAAUUCUAUAUAUUAAAUUGUAAAUAAAUUGGAAUUUGGGAGAAAUGUUGUCAGUAAUUUGUAGAAUAAGUACCAGUCUUCAUUACACUAAAACAUUUACCUAUAAAUUGUACAAUCAGAAAUACUGAUCAUGUAGAUCAUGUAUAUGUUCAUUUAUUUCAUUUAAUUGUUUGGGAUUUUAUGAAGAAGGGAAACAUUGUGUGUACAGAUUAUGAUAAAAAGGGUUUAUGAUAGCAAAGAUUCAUUUCAUUUAUUUUAGCUUUAAUAAGACUGUUGGACUAUAGCCUAUUAAUAUAGGGAACAUAGUUGCUUUCAGAUGUUUGUGCACAAACAUUCAAACUGAUGUCUAUUUUUUUAUUUACCUGUUCUGAUUUUUUUUGCAUGUGUUCACUACAUUGAUAAAGACGAAUCUUCGGCAUUUAUUCCUGUUUCUUCCUUUGAUUUAUUUUUUUAACUGUUCUAUGACUGAUUACAUUUAAUAACGGUUAUUUUAAACUUUUUAAAUGCAGUUUAUUUACUGCACAUUUUCUACUUGCUUUGUAAUAAAAUAAAGUGUAUUUACUGUACAUUAUAACUGUAUAAUAAAAGUAUGAUAUUAGGAUAUUGAAUUAAA